AUGCAGUUCCGCCAGAUCGGAGAAGAUGUCUGUGGACCUGUGUAUGCUGGUUUCCGAUCAAUUGAUUAUGUACCAGUAGCUAUCAAAUAUGUUAAGGGGCCACAUGUACCGUAUGAAAUGAACGCGUACAAGAUCCCUGUAGAAGUGGCCCUCAUGCACAAAGUUGCGGGCGGACCAGAGUCAGUCGGGAAUUUUUCCACCGUCUCCCUCUUGGACUGGUACUAUCUGGACCAGCAGCUUAUCUUAAUCACAGAAAGACCAGUUCCCUCUCAAAACCUCACGACGUACCUUGAUUCCCAAGGAGGCGUCAUUGAGGAACAAGAGGCUAAGACCUUCCUGAAUCAGUUGGUGGAUGCAACUGAUGAAAUGCACCGCAAAGGUGUGUUUCACCGGGACAUAAAAUCAGAAAACAUCCUGGUUGAAAUUGGCUCCAGUGUCCCGCGUGUCCGCCUGAUGAACUUUGGAUGUGGCAGUUUUGUUCAGGAGAGACCCCACCAUACUUUCUCUGGUACCCUUGCAUGUGCCCCUCCAGAGUGGUAUGUACGUGGGGAAUACAAAGCUGGUCCCACUACAGUAUGGCAGCUGGGUGCACUGCUAUACCGUUUGCUGCAUGGUUUCAGAAACAGCACCAUGGGCAUACUGUGCGGCAAAAUGCAACUCAGCAGGGACUCAGCAACACAGCUAUCCCAAGACUGCCUCGACUUCUUGCAACUGUGUCUGAAGAAAAACCCUGACGAGCGCGCCACUCUGCAGCAGCUACAGCUCCACCCCUGGCUUAACUAA